UAGUGCUGUAGCAGGGCUCCUUCCCCAACUGUUGAAGGAAGCUCCAAAUUCCAUACCCACCCACAUCUUCUCUACCCACUCACUAUGACAUGACGACAACAUUCCUUUCCUUGUAAACCAUCAUCAACUCACGUCGAAAUCGAAAUCGACAGCAACGAUGGCUCCAGGUACAGCUCAACAGUCGCAACAGCGGCAGUUUGUGCAUCCAACUGCUAGUCAUGCCAAGAAAAAAGCUCCAAGCGCAUAUUCUAUGCAACCGAUUUCCGCCUUCUACUGGUUCUUCGGCGCCGCUCUCGUAUCCGCCUGGUUCGCUCCGAUUCAAGAUUGCGAUGAGACGUUCAAUUACUGGGAGCCGACUCACUACUUGUCCCAUGGCUAUGGUCUUCAGACGUGGGAAUAUUCUCCAGACUAUGCUAUCCGCAGUUGGCUCUACAUCGUCUUCCACGCUAUUAUCGGAAAUGUGCGCCGAAUAUUUCCUCACUCGAACAAGGUGAGUUGCAUACGAUGAAAUAUACAAAAGAGGUCCAUUGACGCUGGAUGUUAAGGUUGCCGAAUUCUACUUUGUGCGGUUUGGGCUAGCUUUUGUGUGCGCCAUCACUCAGACGAUCCUUUUCAUGGUCACCAGCACCACACUCAACAGCCGUAUCGGCCUUUUCUUCCUCAUCGCAACUGUUGCUAGCCCCGGAAACUUCCAUGCAAGCACUGCCUACCUUCCAUCGAGCUUUGCGAUGUACCUGGUCACAGUCGGAGCUGCAGCUUUUAUGAAUUGGCGAGGUGGUCUCAAGACUUCUCAGGGCAUGUUUUGGUUUGCUGCUGCUGGAAUUCUAGGAUGGCCCUUUGCUGCUGCGCUUUGCGCGCCGUUCAUGCUCGAAGAGCUCAUCCUGCUUGUAUUUGGUGACAAGACAGCGUUGUGGGAAGCAUUUGUUCGCAUUGGCCGCGGUGUAGUUUCUGCAAUCUUGCUUCUUGCCGGUGACUACUUUGUCAACCUCUUCUUCUAUAAGAAGCCGGUUUCUGUGACAUGGAACAUUGUCAAGUAUAACAUCUUCUCAUCAAACCAUGGCCCAGAGCUAUAUGGAACAGAACCUUGGACAUUCUACUUCAAGAAUCUGGCGUUGAACUUCAACCUCUGGUUUGUUCUGGCUCUUGCUGCUCUGCCUCUCUUCAUACUCCAGAAGAUCAUUUCACCAUCUGGCCAAGGGUUUCAAACGGGGUUGAGAACCGUUGUGUUUCUCUCCCCCUUCUACAUGUGGCUGGCUAUCUUCAGCGCACAGCCUCACAAGGAAGAAAGGUUCAUGUAUCCGGCCUAUCCUUUCCUUGCGCUCAACGCAGCCAUAUCUCUUCAUAUGAUUUUGACUGCUUUAGGCAACUCUGAUCCUAAGACGCUUGUUGGAAAGAUUCCUGCCAAGCUGAAGCUCCUGGUUGUCACUCUCACUAUGAUUCUGUCUAUCGAUGUCGCCAUUUUCCGAGUCUACGGUAUCUGGUCCGCUUACUCCGGACCUAUGAAGAUUUAUUCUCCCCUUUGGGAGGGCACAGACGACAAAGAGCCCAUUGGUCGUGAGGAGGAUACCGUCUGCUUCGGAAAAGAGUGGUAUCGUUUCCCCUCAUCUUACUUUCUGCCUCGGGAUAUGCAUGCCAAGUUUGUCCGCUCCGAGUUUAGAGGUCUUCUGCCUGGUGAAUUCGCUGAAGCCGAGACUGGCUUCGGCUUUUGGAGCGGCACUUGGCUCCCUACGGCGGGUAUGAAUGACCACAACGAGGAGGACUUGGGCAAGUACACUGAGCUCCCCGCGUGCGCAUUCUUGGUCGACACUCAAUACCCAGAGAGAAACGACCCUCUGCCGCCAAAUGAACCCGACUACAUUGCAGACGAGAAGAACUGGGAAAUUGUCAAGUGCGAGCCUUUCCUUGACGCUGCCAAGACACACAUGCUCGCAAGGACCCUUUGGGUUCCGGAUGCGUCAUUCAUUCCGGACAAGUUCAAGAGAAAAUGGGGCAGGCACUGUUUGUUGCAGCGAAAGAAGGUUGCUGAGCCUGCUGCUGCCAAAUAGAAAGCUUCAAUAUUUUGCGAGCGAGCGACUGCGUUGAUAGCAAAAAGAUACAAAGUACUCAUCUGCCAGAUAGAUAGACCAGGUCCAAUAAAAUUGGAUAGUACUCAAACAGUAAUGCUCACGCAUGCAGUGUGCGUCACAUCGCCUCAGGUCUUAUUCCUACCGCCUGCUGUGAUACUCUUUUCCAAACAAAUAAGGCGAGUGAGGGCCUCGAAAUCCUUGAUUUCAACACAUCCAGGCUGUUCUCAGAGAGUCAUGGUUACGCAUAACGGCAGAGCCCUACUUUGCAAGAGCGUCUGGUACCACGAAAGGCAUGUACCUUUCCGAAGAGCCUCAGGUACCGGUGUGUUGGUUGUAGGCAGUUGCUCAUGAUGAGCAACGUUUUUCUUAUAUUGGCGCUCUGAGAUCAGCCAUUGACCGGUUUAUGAGUAUAGAAUCGAGUACUUGCGAUGGAAAUCCUGGUACUGAGCUGGGUGUCUGGUUAAUAUGAUCAACCCUCCACGGUCUCAAGUUCGGACACGCCUCCUGCCUGAGCAAUAAUCUUGGCAUCAACUCAGUGCUUCAAACCCGGUUUGGAGCAACCUCCUCAGACGACAAUAUCUCGUAUAUAGUUUCGUAUGGCGACCAGUCGUGUCCUUGGUGCAAACGCUUCACAGCUGCAGCCUUCACAAUAAGGAAACUGACAAGUAAGUAAAAAUGCAGACAGUCUUGGCACAAAGCACCCAGAGAAUCCGAUGCCGAACAAGAGUCGCACAGCUGCUGCGGGAUUGACGAUAUCCAAGACUAUUCUCGCCGUGUGCCGUGUGCCGUGUGAGGUCAGAUGAGCAACCCGCACUUGGAUCAUGAUCUCAGCGGCACAUUUAAGUAAAUUGAGUUAGAUUCAAGAAAACAAGAUUGAAAACCUUCGAUGCUGUGGAGGCCGGUCGAAGUGCUACAGCCAAGGCGAAACGGUACUUUGACUAUGGUGAUAUCAUACGUCGAUUUUAGCUUGUGUUAGGAUUUAACGUAAUGAAAACAGCGUAC